AUGUUACGAGAUGUUCAUUAUAAGUUUGAAGAGAAUCCCUCUACGUUGGAGAAAUUGUUAGUUGAUUCUGAAAAGCCUUUGUACAUAGGGUGUGAAAGGUAUACAAGAUUGUCAAGUGUACUUAGGUUACAUAAUAUGAAGGCAGGUCUUGGGUUGAGCGAUGCGGGUUUUACUGAAUUCCUUGAAUUAGUGAAAGAUACGCUUCCUAGUGAUAAUGUCCUUCCGAGUAAUACAUAUGAGGCAAAAAAGAUUUUGUCCUCAAUGAGCUUGUCUUAUGAAAAAAUCCACGUUAACGACUGCAUAUUAUAUAGAAAUGAACGUGAAUCAUUACAGAGUUGCCCAGUUUGCAAUGCCUCACGGUAUAAGAAGAAAGAAGGAGUUUCAGCUAAGGUUUUGUGGUACUUUCCUAUAAUACCAAGAUUUAAACGUUUUUUUCUAAAUGCGGGAGAUGCUGAAAAGUUGACAUGGCAUCAUAAUGGUCGAAUUAAGGAUGAUAAACUUAGACACCCAGCUGACACCCCGCAAUGGAGGUUUAUUGAUGGAAAAUUCCCUGAGUUUGGUAAAGAAGAACGAAGCCUACGCCUUGCAUUAUCCACCGAUGGUAUUAAUCCAUUUCGCUCCCUUAGUUCCACCUAUAGUACUUGGUCAGUAAUUUUGGUUACCUACAACCUACCUCCUUCACUAUGUAUGAAAAGAAAGUACAUGAUGCUUUCAUUGUUGAGUUCUGGUCCUAAACAACUAGGAAAUGACAUUGAUGUGUACUUCGCUCCCCUCAUUGAUGAUUUGAAGAUGCUCUGGGAUUCAGGUGUAGAAGUGUAUGAUGCACACCGAAAUGAGACGUUUAACCUUAAAGCAAUGUUAUUUUGCACCAUUCAAGAUUAUUCAACCUAUGGUAAUCUUUCUGGGUAUACUACGAAAGGAAAACACCCUUUUCCUAUAUGUGAGGAUGGUACAAGGGGAAAGUGGCUUCCAUCAUCUGGAAAGGAUAUCUUUGAUGUACAUCGUCGAUUUUUGCCAUAUGAUCAUCCUUAUCGUAAAUUGAAAAAGGCUUUUGACGGGAAACAGGAACUAAGGGGACGUCCAAGAGUCUUGAGUGGUACAGAGGUGUUUGAAAAGGUUAAAGAUAUUGAGAUUACAUUUGGAAAGAACCGUGGGACCAAACUUCCUAAACAGGGAUAUAAGAAAUGUUGCGAGUUAAGGCGUUUGCCUUAUUGGAGAUUUUUGUUUGUCAGACAUUCUCUAGAUAUGAUGCAUAUUGAGAAGAAUGUGUGUAAUAGCUUAGUUGGAACACUAUUGAAUAUAUAUCUCAGGAAAGACGAAAGACGGUGUUAG